AGCCCCCAAACACUCUUCCCUUUUUUUAUUGCAGCUCCCACCACUGCACUCUCUCUCUUUCUCUACCCCUCCCUCCCCUUCUCUCAAUAUUUCCGCCGCCCCCACCACCACUUCUUAUCCGGCGGCCAAUAUCUCCUCCUCCUCCUUCACCUUCCCUCUCCUCCAUAAAACAAAAAAAAACAUAAUUCAAAAGAAAAAAUCAAAACUUCUCUAUUAGGCAUUUUAUCAAACAGUCGGCCUGUGUGUUUUUUAUUCUUGUAAAAAAAAGAGGAGAGGGAAGUUAUUUCAAAACCCACAAAAAAUCAAAACUUUUUCCGAGAAAAGCAAAAAAGAAACGGAAAUGGCACAAGUUCAAGUACCAGUUCAACCACAGAGUGUGAAUGCAGGGGCUAAUAACCCUAAUUUUGUGACGACGUCGCUUUACGUGGGUGAUCUGGAAGCAAGUGUGACUGAUUCCCAGCUGUAUGAUCUGUUUAAUCAAGUGGGUCAAGUGGUUUCAGUCAGGGUUUGCAGGGACUUGACGAGCCGUAGGUCCCUUGGCUAUGGUUAUGUUAACUACAGCAAUCCUCAAGAUGCUGCGAGGGCAUUAGAAAUGCUGAAUUUUACUCCCCUGAAUGGAAGUCCAAUCAGGGUUAUGUAUUCUCAUCGUGACCCAACUAUUCGCAAAAGUGGGGCUGGAAAUAUAUUUAUUAAGAAUUUGGACAAGGCAAUUGACCACAAAGCUUUGCAUGAUACUUUUUCGGCAUUUGGGAACAUCCUCUCUUGCAAGGUUGCUACUGACCCAUCUGGCCAGUCUAAAGGCUAUGGUUUUGUGCAGUUUGACAGUGAAGAAGCUGCCCAAAAAGCAAUUGAGAAACUGAAUGGCAUGCUGUUGAAUGAUAAGCAAGUUUAUGUGGGACCGUUCCUUCGCAAGCAGGAAAGGGACACUGCUACUGACAAGAUGAGAUUCAACAAUGUCUUUGUGAAGAAUCUAUCCGAAACAACAACUGAGGAGGAUUUGAACAAAACUUUUGGUGAAUUUGGAACCAUCACUAGUAUUGUGGUGAUGAGGGAUGGCGAUGGAAAAUCCAAGUGUUUUGGAUUUGUUAACUUUGAGAAUGCAGAAGAUGCUGCUAAAGCAGUUGAGGCUCUUAACGGGAAAAAAAUUGAUGAUAAGGAAUGGUUUGUUGGGAAAGCUCAGAAAAAAUAUGAAAGGGAAGUUGAAUUAAAGCAGCGAUUUGAGCAGAGUAUGAAGGAAGCAGCUGACAAAUUUCAGGGUGCAAACUUGUACAUCAAAAAUUUAGAUGAUAGCAUAGGUGAUGAGAAGCUUAAGGAGCUGUUUUCUCCAUUUGGUACAAUCACGUCGUGCAAGGUUAUGCGAGACCCAAAUGGAAUAAGCAGAGGAUCAGGGUUUGUUGCAUUUUCAACUCCUGAAGAGGCAUCUAGAGCUCUCUUGGAGAUGAAUGGAAAAAUUGUUGUUAGCAAACCUCUAUAUGUUGCACUUGCACAAAGAAAGGAGGAUAGAAGAGCCAGGCUACAGGCUCAAUUUUCUCAAAUGCGACCAGUUGCAAUGGCACCUUCAGUUGGCCCUCGUAUGCCUAUGUAUCCCCCUGCGGGUCCAGGUCUUGGACAGCAAAUAUUUUAUGGACAAGCCCCACCUGCUAUCAUACCACCCCAGCCUGGGUUUGGGUAUCAACAGCAGCUAGUGCCUGGUAUGAGGCCUGGCGGGGCUCCUAUGCCAAAUUUCUUUGUGCCAAUGGUUCAGCAGGGUCAGCAGGGUCAGCGACCUGGAGGUCGACGGGCAGGAGCUGGUCAGCAAUCCCAGCAGCCAGUCCCACUUAUGCAGCAACAGAUGCUUCCUAGGGGGCGUGUCUAUCGCUACCCUCCAGGACGUGGCUUGCCUGAUGUUCCAAUGACUGGUGUUGCUGGAGGCAUGCUUCCUGUUCCAUAUGACAUGGGUGGCAUGCCAAUGCGUGAUGCAGCAUUGUCUCAGUCAAUUCCUGUUGGGGCUUUGGCUACUGCACUUGCAAAUGCUACUCCAGAUCAGCAGAGAACGAUGCUUGGCGAAAAUCUGUACCCUCUCGUGGAACAGCUGGAGCCUGAAGCAGCGGCUAAAGUGACAGGCAUGCUUCUGGAGAUGGAUCAAACUGAGGUUCUGCACUUGCUUGAGUCACCAGAAGCUCUCAAAGCAAAGGUUAAUGAAGCAAUGGAGGUUCUAAGGACUGUUCAGCAGCAGGCCACUGGCACAGCUGAUCAACUAGCUUCUUUGUCAUUGAAUGACAACCUUGUGCCCUAGGUUGAGCUUGGGCAUAGUUUUUGAAAUGCCAGACAAGAAACCAUUCUAUCUACGGCUUUGAUUUAUACUUUGACUGCCUGGUAGCUUAGGCACCGGUUUUGUUUAUUUUGAGAUUCUUUCAGAAGUUACAUUGAUGAUGGAGACGGUAUUGCUUGAACUUUUGUUAUGCGAGUGACAAAUUUCUGGUGCUUUAA